CUUUCACGUCAACACAGAUACACACGGAUUUAAUUAAUGACAAUAUACAUUUAGACAAUCAGCUAUAUAAAGCAAAUACACAUUUGUCUUAUGAAACGAUCAUAGCAUUUUUAAGCGAGGAGAUGUUUAGGAGACUGUGGUUAACUGCCGUAUUGUCAUUCCUAUUUUAUGUCAUUUAUUUGCCAUCAUGCGAAUCAGCGGCGCUCUUUAAAUGGCUUUGUGCAUUGCUCAACAUAACCUGGUUGUGUAACGAAAUUCCAAAUUAUGCGCACUACGUGGAGGGCGUGGAAUAUUAGAACGAAUACUCAGCCUUAAAUCAAUGAGGUAUGUGGCACACUUCCUAUGUAUGAAUUCUGUUAUACUGAUAUUGUUCUUAUGUUUGUACAUUGGGUUUUGUUUGCCUUUGAAAACUGUUCAGGUUAACUUAAUGGUAGUCGGUGUAUUAUUCCUGAUGAACGAUGUCUAAAUAUUAGGGAUGCAUGUAAAUUUAUCAGAUGACUCCUGAACUGAAUGAAAUGUUCAUCUCGGAUCCCACCUCUAUUCAUCACGUUCGAGAAUGACUUCACUUAAUACUCAGGCAUUAUCAAAGUGUUCGUACUAGAGAUCAGUGUGUCUACAUAGACUGAGAAUUCCGGUCUAACAUGAUCACCAUAAAACUCAAAUACGACUGCGUUUCUUUGUGAUUUACUUACACGCGGAUUCGAUAAACAUGAGAUCAACUAUCUACAGGUGUUGUGCAAGAAAUGAUCAUAUUAGAUGUCUCAUUGCUUUCCUGUAGACGAAAAUAAAAGUGACGUCAUUUUGAUUUGCAUCAGAAAUUUUAACCACUUGAUACAAAUGCAGACGAAAACAGUGAACGUGAGAACUGACGCAAUCAAUUUCAUAGACACACGAUGUUGUUUUUAAUAUAUUCAGUGAUUUCGUAAAGUUUCCAACAUUCACACAGUAAUUGUUCCUUAUAUAGCUUUCGCAAGGGUAAUAUGUUUGUAAUUUUAUCUCUUUACUUUGUUCCUCCUAAUUUUCAUUGGAGUGAAAAUGAAUCGCGUUUAGCAAAAACAACUGACACUGUUAUUAUCCUGAUAGGUGCACAAUAAAUAAACAAUCCUUUACGCUUUACACCGGAAAUGUUAGAGUGCUGAUUUACUCCAAAUUGUAUAGCAACUUCUAUUCUAAUUACACUUCUCACCUCAUUGGUUAACACGGCGGCUUGUUGAACAAUGAAGUAAUUAUCUUCAAUGUUAAGAUUGGUCGAUUGUUUCUCCAGUCAACUUUCAGUGGUAAUCCAAAUAGAAGGCAGUUGAAUUUCUUCAUCUUCUAACCAGACAGGAAAUUUUAUAUGAUCACUGAAAAUUCAGCAAGACAUAUUAUAUCUGGUAAAAAAGUCCUAUGCAAGGGUUUUAUACGACAGCCCAGCGUGUUCAUCAUAUUGAAACUGUGUUAUCGUCGAAGUAAUAGUUAGUUUUUUAUGUAAGUAGAUGAAUAAAAUGUAAUAUGAGCUUUUCAUUACUUGGUGCACAAUAUUAUCUUUUUGUGAGACUGCGUACACAUGGUCUGUAAAUUAAAGCUACUCUAAUGCGCAUGAAAUUUACUUUCAUUAUCUCUUUCCUUAUAGAUGACAGUGAAAUCACUGUUAUUCCCUGCAUAUGAAAAAUUAACUUUUCAAAAACUGUUGACUGUUUCAUCACAAAUAUAAUAAUCAUGUAAUUCAUCGCCUUUUAUCUAUAUAUUCUUAUACAUUCGUUCACUCAUGAAGUUAACAGUGACUAUUUUCGUCACCUGAAGGAGAAGUUAACAUACUGUUUUUCAUAUCAGUGUUUUCAUCAAAUAAACGAGCAAUCAAAAAUGAUGGAAUUUCUCAAGUGUUUCAUGUCUGAAACAAUGACGGUCCAGUUAUAAUAUCACGGGAAGUUAUAAUUGAUUUACCAUAAUCGAUUCAUUUGAAAUUCAUCGGCUAUAAAUAUCUUUGUUUUAUAAAACAGAAUAUUGUAAAAAUACACAAUGACAGCCCUGAAACAGUGGACAAUUCGUAGAAAUCCGUUGUAUUUUUUAGUGUAACAGAAAUCCAGUAUACAUUUUGAGGAUGUGAAUGAAUGCCUUUGAAAACAAAGCAGUAUUACUUUCCUAUGAAAUACUGAAGCUAUAUUUACUUGGGAACUACCGCAGAGUGCGUUCUUUAAGAUAAAAACUGUUUUCAUAAAUUCAGUUAUUUGACCGAUAAGUUACAGUUCAAAUAGGAUUUCGUCGUUUAUUUGCCACACGAUAGAAUAACAUGAAAAAGAUUCUUUGAAGGUCUUCUAGAAUAAUCAUCCAUUUCGAUGAAAGUGUUUAGUGUCAUGCAUAAAAUAUAAACAACCGUUAAGAGGAUUUACCAGUAUAGUUUAAUGCAUAGCUCAGCGAAAACGCCCAGUGUGUUUAACCUCAAGAGUGCAGAUACGACCUGUUCAGGAGUGCAAACAAACAUCAAACAUGGGCUGAAGUUUUCCUGCUGACCCCUUCAUCAAUCUAACAACAAACUUUUAUAGUGAGUAUUCAUUAAAUCCUGAUUUUGAACAGAAAGGUACGUACGAGUUGUGAAUCUACAAGAAUUCGCAGAUUUUACUACCUAGAAUGUAAUCUAUUGACCAGUGUUGAUAUGCCUCACCAAAU